AAUGUGGUAUGUGAGUGAUGAUCCUCACAAAGACACGUGUGUGUGUGGGGGCGUGUGGGUGUGUGUGUGUAUGCAGCUGCCACAUGCAGUCCCGUCUCAGCUUUGUUCUAUUUCUGCAGCAGGCUGCAGUCACACUCUUGAUAAAGCAGAUGAACUCACACACUCUCACAGGAAUGCUGCUGGAACUUUCCGGUGGGGGCGGAGUCUCGGGGUACAUAAGCAGCAGGGGCGAGACUUCAGACUCAGAGACGAGCUCCAGACUGAAGCAGCUCAUCGAAGCAGACCCACCCAGACCAGGAUGUUGUGUCCCAGCGUCUUCCAGCCGCCCCACCUGGCCAUGAGGCCCUUCCUGGACCGGCACUGGCCCAUCCGCAGCCUGUGGCCGGAGACUCGACCCCUCGUCUACCAGAUGGAGCAGGAGAUGAUGCGCCACAUGCAGGAGAUGAGGCAGAGCAUGGAGUACAUGGAGAAGCUGCACCAGAAGAUCUUCGAUGAGAUCGACCACACCCCCACAGGAGUCUUCAAGCCCAUUCCUUUCCAGGAGCUGGGGGGGGACAGCAGCAGCUUUGCCCUCAGCCUGGACACCACAGACUUCUCCCCGGAGGAGCUGUCAGUCAAGCAGGUGGGCAGGAAGCUGAGGGUCAGCGGCAAAACGGAGAAGAAGCAGGAGGACGGGAAGGGCUCGUUCUCCUACAGGUGUCAGGAGUUCAGGCAGGAGUUCGACCUGCCGGACGGCGUCGAUCCCGAAACCGUCACCUGCUCGUUGGUGGGGGGUCGGCUGCAGAUCCAGGCCCCCCGGGAGAGAGCCGUAAAAGACGGGAAGGAGAGGACCGUCCCCAUCGACUUCACCUCCGGCCCGGCCGCCACCUCCAGUGAGGGGGCUGAAGGCAGCAACCCUCCAGAGAACAACCCAGCUGAGAAAAAGUGAACAGAGUGGCACCUCUCUCACAAACACAUCUUUGUUUUCUGAGAUCUCAGACAGAGUGAACAUCUGUCCGGUCACCAAACUCUCUUCUUUAGCAGCUGUUCUGAUGGAUCUUCAGCAGUAUUUUGACCAGAUCGUCUGUCUGUUUAGUCAUUUGUGAUGUUUGUCAUCAUUAAUAUUUUGGUAUUAACUUUUAUUUGUCUCUUGCUGUGAUCUAAUAUUAAAUAAUUUUAGUUACAGUUUCUGAUUUUGUUUCAUCAAGUAUUUUCUAUUUUUUAAACUCAUGCCAGAACUGGUUACUCUAAUAAAUCUAAGGGUUAAACAAUAUUCUUAAACUAAAAAAAAAACAAACAAAAAAAAAACAGCAAAAUGUCAUGAUUGCGCUUUUUUUAAAAUCACAAAACAGCUUAUUUAUCCUGAACAAAAAGUUUUUUUCAAUUAAAACCUUUACUCCUAAAAACUGUUGGUUUUGUGACUAUAAUCUUAAAAAAAUAAUGUUUCUUUUUUUUUUUUUUUUUUUUACAUUCCUCACAAAAGUUGCAUCUAUCUUCAGUUUUUAGAAAAAGAAAAAUGAGUAGAAACUUGCUUUGAGGAAAGCAAUGCUGCGUUAUGAAUAUGAUCAAAUGCUGCCCUCUAGUGGACAGGCCUGUAAAUGCAGGACGUGAAAACAGGUCAGGUCAGGUGGGGGCGUUCCUUCACCUGAUGGAGUUUGAGAGUUUAAAACCAGACUGGAGAUUGAAGCAAACACAGGACUCCAGUUUUCAAAUCUCUUUGUUAAAUAAUUCUCAAUAAACUUAAUUUAUUCACAAA